GGGAGACCAGAUAUAGUGAAUGCAGGGUCCGGGGAGACCAGAUAUAGUGAAUGCAGGGUCCUGGGGAGACCAGAUAUAGUGAAUGCAGGGUCCGGGGAGACCAGAUAUAGUAAAUGCAGAAUGCAGGGUCCGGGGAGACCAGAUAUAGUAAAUGCAGGGUCAGAUAUAGUAAAUGGGGAGACCAGAUAUAGUAAAUGCAGGGUCCGGGGAGACCAGAUAUAGUGAAUGCAGGGUCCGGGGAGACCAGAUAUAGUAAAUGCAGGGUCCGGGGGGAGACCAGAUAUAGUAAAUGCAGGGUCCGGGGAGACCAGAUAUAGUAAAAUGCAGGGUCUGGGGAGACCAGAUAUAGUAAAUGCAGGGUCCGGGGAGACCAGAUAUAGUAAAUGCAGGGUCCGGGGAGACCAGAUAUAGUAAAUGCAGGGUCCGGGGAGACCAGAUAUAGUAAAUGCAGGGUCCGGGGAGACCAGAUAUAGUAAAUGCAGGGUCCAGGGGGAGCAUUUAU